GAACCCGGAGGUAGUAACGUUGUCUAUAUAUACCCUGUAGAACCGAAUUUGUGUGGUAUCCACAUAGUCACAGAUUCGAUUCUAGGGGAAUAUAUGGUCGAUGCAAAAACUUCACAUUUCUCCGAAAUAGCCUGAAUCGGAAGGAAAGUCCAGAAGCAUCCUGGGCGCGUCAGUUGCCUCUUUUUGUUUUAUUACCUUGGACUCCAGCAAGAUCGACUGAGCCUGGUGUCACAGAGCACCGUUUUCCUAGAGACUCUCCUCAACCUUUAAACAGAGGCUCUUGUGUAAACCCCUAGUUGGUUGCACGAAUCCAGGGUGAAAGGGCUAAGUUUUGGGGGGCUGGGGCGUGAAGUGGGCGGCCAGGUAACCCCAGCUCUGCCCUGGAGGAGUAUGAAGUCAGAUGGUGCCAGUGAGGGGGCUGCCGCGUGGGAAGGAGGCACGAUGGGAAGGCGUGCAGGGUCCUUUGGGGCUCAUUUGGGUGAGGUACGGACACCCUCACCACCUUUCUGGCCCACCCCUCAGCUGUACCGUCCGAGGCAACGGGCCUCUUGUUAUACUGUCAAGUCCCGGCUUUGGCUAGAAGCACCCUGGCUUGGGCACUCGCAGAAUGCUUGGCGGUUACUCAUUGCCUCAAUUGAUUCUGGCCAGCCAGAUUGUGGUAACUUUUGGGUGACCCUGACGAAGACAAAGCCGGGACUCGGCCUUUGUAUGGCAGAGUCCCCGUUCCUGUGUCUGGGCUAGAGCCUGGCCUGCCUGGGGGUACUCUGCCCAACUCAGAAGCUGCCUUGUCUACUACCUACCUGCCUUUUGGUGUUCUACACCCAAACAGAUAUGGGCAUUCAUCCCCCCUUGAACUGUACCCAUUUUGGGGGGCUGCUUUCAAGUGGGGUGAGAGGGCACUUGAGGUUAGAAAGUCAGUGGAAGACAAAAGCUGGGAUUACCUUUGAGGAAUGAGGGUGCUGGGGGCUAGAACUAUAUUAACAUAUGAUGGGGGCCCUCAAACGUGCCACAGCGAGUCACUUGAUUACACGUAUGUUAUUUAGUUAAAUUUGUAAAAAUUAUGAGAUGCUCACCAACCCGGUGAUAAACUCGCUCCCUCGCUAUUGGCUGGCCUGGUCACAUGGCCGCCAACUUUAUUCAGUUGACAGCAAGUAGGAGGGCCCUAUGGAAGGAGAAAAAAAGACAACACGAGAAAAAUUAGUAUUUUCUACCUUCUGAAAUUAAUGGCCAUGAGUUCGUAUAUGGUGAACUCCAAGUAUGUGGACCCCAAGUUCCCUCCGUGUGAGGAAUAUUUGCAGGGCGGCUACCUAGGCGAGCAGAGUGCCGACUACUACAGCGGCAGCACGCAGGGUGCCGACUUCCAGCCCCCGGGGCUCUACCCACGGCCAGACUUCGGUGAGCAGACCUUCGGAGGCGGCGGCGGCCCGGGGCCCGGUUCGGCGCUGCCCAAUCGGGGUCACGGGCAAGAACCCGGUGGCCACUACGGCGCUCCAGGAGAGCCGUGCCCUGCUCCCCCGGCGCCCCCGCCCGUGCCCCUGCCUGGUGGCGCCCGGGCCUGCAGCCAGCCCGGCGGCCCCAAGCAGCCGCCCCCCGGGACAGCACUCAAGCAGUCGGCUGUGGUCUACCCAUGGAUGAAGAAGGUGCACGUGAAUUCGGUGAACCCCAACUACACUGGCGGGGAGCCCAAGAGGUCCCGGACGGCCUACACCCGGCAGCAAGUCCUAGAACUGGAAAAGGAAUUUCAUUUUAACAGGUAUCUGACGCGGCGCCGUCGGAUCGAAAUAGCUCACACCCUGUGUCUGUCGGAGCGCCAGAUCAAGAUCUGGUUUCAGAAUCGAAGAAUGAAAUGGAAAAAAGACCACAAGCUGCCCAACACCAAAGGCAGGUCCUCCUCGUCCUCGUCCUCCUCCUCCUGCUCCUCCUCAGCUGCCCCCAGCCAGCAUUUGCAGCCACUGGCCAAGGACCACCACACGGACCUGACGACCUUAUAGAAGUGGGGACCCUGGGCCCAUCCCUUCCUGCACUCCCGGCUGAGCCGAAGCUGCGGGGGCAGGCCGGGCCCGCUGUCACCUCGCUGGGCUCUAAGGUACUGUGGGGUGGACCUGGGACAAACAGGCCGCCUUCGGACUAGGUUAGCAUCUUGCCCGAGGGCAGCCCCCUCCCUGGAGCUGGGAUGGGGGUGGGAGGGGGGCGGGAUUCUCUCUCUAAGCAUAUUAUCACAUGGCAGGAGCUACUGAAACAUAAAACCUUGGCGAGUCAUUAAACUCAUGAAAAUCUC